UUUUUUAUCCUAACCGCAACGGGAUUUAACCUAGAAGCAUCUAGUCUCACCUGAUUACCCAAAAGAGGAAGUACCAGUUGGAUCAUUUGGUCAUGGUGCGUAAUGAAUAAUUCUUUUUUUUUCAGAGAAUUUGGAGAAUAUCGAAUGAUAUCAUGGAUACGAGGAGUAUAAUAAAAGCAAGGGGGGAGUGCCUUGCUGUGAAUUACAGAGGAAGGAAAGCGGAAGGAAGGUCAUGGUGGCAUACACGUCAUUGGUGAACGGCUCACGCUUUUGUACUGCUCGUGUCUACAACACACCAAGCAUUAGCAAGCGGGCACCAAGGGACGGACUCUUUCUUCUCUCUUCUUCUUCCUCCGCAGUCCUCAAUAACAACACGUCGUCCUCUUUUCCACUUUCCUUUUGUUUUAUAAUUUUUUAAGGACAAGAAGAAGGCAAGGGGAAAUAGCGGUUGUUUGCUUUGCUUUGGUUUACCAGAUGGGCAACUGCUUAGAUUCUUCUUCUGCUAAAGUAGAUUCCACCCAGAGCUCACAUAAUCCUGGAGCCUCAAGAAUUUCCAGCAGAACCAGCCAUUCUUCAGUUCCAUCUAGUCUGACCAUCCCAUCAUACAGUGGAAGGAGCAGUGAAUGUCUUCCUACACCAAGGAGUGAAGGUGAAAUAUUGUCAUCGCCAAAUUUAAAAGCUUUCUCAUUCAAUGAGCUAAAAAAUGCUACCAGAAACUUCCGUCCCGACAGUCUUCUGGGUGAAGGUGGCUUUGGCUAUGUUUUCAAAGGAUGGAUUGAUGAACACACUCUUACUGCUGCAAAGCCUGGAUCGGGAAUGGUUGUUGCUGUCAAGAAGCUUAAACCUGAAGGUUUCCAAGGCCACAAGGAGUGGUUGACAGAAGUUAAUUAUCUCGGCCAACUUCAUCAUCCAAAUCUGGUUAAAUUGAUUGGAUACUGCUUGGAAGGUGAGAACCGGCUUCUGGUCUAUGAGUUCAUGCCUAAAGGGAGCUUAGAGAAUCAUCUGUUCAGAAGAGGACCACAGCCACUUUCAUGGGCGAUAAGAAUCAAAGUGGCCAUAGGUGCUGCCAGAGGACUCUCUUUUCUUCAUGAUGCAAAAUCACAAGUCAUAUACCGUGACUUCAAGGCAUCUAAUAUUCUACUAGAUGCGGAAUUUAAUGCAAAACUUUCUGAUUUUGGUUUGGCCAAGGCAGGCCCUACUGGUGAUAGGACUCAUGUGUCCACUCAAGUUAUGGGUACUCAUGGGUAUGCAGCACCUGAAUACGUUGCUACAGGUCAGGCCUCUUCUGUAAUGACCAGGUUUCUUUCUAUUGUCCAAGUGGGGGAAAGCUUGAUGGUUAGAGAAAAUGAUUGGUCAGUUGACAUUAAGUAAAAAUGCCAUGUCAGUAUCCCCGGAGAAGAAGCCCGGCUAUUACCUGAAAAGAUUCAAGCUUUAAAGGGACUGAGCUCUCUUUCUUUGUAUAUUUGCAUGUUUGAGUGGGGUCAAAUCUUUGAAACAGCAACUAUAUGCAAAAAAUGAUGAAUGACUCCCUUUGGUGGGACUAUAACUGAUUUACAGGCAUAUCAUUAGCAUCGGUUAUGAGAGCCCAUUACAGUAAAGCACUGCUUCAUUUAAACAUAGUUGUUGAAAAAGGCUGGAUUUCAUUAUCUAACAUGAGUGUAUCUAUGGUCAACAUCUUUAGUGUUCACUUGGAACUGAUCUUGUACAUGCAUGUUUUUAAAUAUUUCUUGCUCAGGGAAUUCCUAUGUCAUGUUUGUGUGUAACAAAACUUCCAUUUCUGGACAGGUCGGUUGACAGCCAAAAGUGAUGUAUACAGCUUCGGGGUUGUAUUGCUGGAAUUCCUGUCUGGGCGACGCGCUGUUGAUAAAUCUAAGGUGGGUGUGGAGCAGAAUCUGGUAGACUGGGUGAAACCGUAUCUGGGUGACAAAAGGAAAUUAUUCCGAAUUAUGGACACCAAAUUGGGGGGACAAUAUCCUCAGAAAGGAGCCUUCAUGGCUGCUAACCUGGCUUUACAGUGCCUAAGCACUGAAGCUAAAGUCAGGCCUCGAAUGUCAGAAGUAUUAGCAACACUGGAGCAAAUUGAAUCCCCAAAAGGUGCAGUUAAAAACAUCCAAUUAGACCAUCAAACAGUUCAGACUCCUGUCCGACAGUCCCCAAUGAGACACCAUCGCUCUCCUGUGAUUCCAACGGCCAGUGCCUCCCCGCUGCCAUCCCACCACCAAUCUCCACGAUUACGAUAAGCAGAUAGUUAUUUGUAAAAUUCUUUUUUUAUUUGCUCCUGUAUUUUGUUCUUGUAAAAUCGAAUGUGGGUGUGUGCACUUUUGGAUUAGAAACACAGAUACUAUCACUUGUUGUACCGAAAGAGGGUCGUAGAAGGUUUUACAGCCAGGCUUAAACCUGGCUACAUCUUGUUGUUGUAGCAUAGAUGUGCGUUUCUCACCACAGUAAUCCAUGUCCUAUUCAACUGUAAUUACUUAGUUAUUGGUUAUAUGAGCUCUUUGAUUGAUGCAA